UGCUGAUGAAGAAAUGGCCCUCGCACUCCAAGUAGCUGAGGAAGAAGAAGAGAGGGAACGACAGGAGGUGACGGUCGCCGUCUUGCCCCUCCGUGGAUCCGGGGAGGCGAGUACCUCCCGGCCUCUAGAUCCAGAACCCCUCAGCGUUGCCGUGGGAAAGAAAAGGAAGAAGACGAAGGUUCCCAAGAAAGGCAAGCAAACCGUCGUGGAUUGCGGGAAACCCGUGGGGAUACCCGAGGGCACUCGUGGCUGAAUACCGCUGCCCUUGCGCUGAAGUCGAGGGCUGAUCGAGCCGAAUGCUACGUGACCCAGCUGCAUGUGGGGCCUUCGGCUGCCGUGAUUGAACCGGGACCCAAUGAUCUCCUGUUGCAAGCUCCGGAGGGUUGCUUUGCAGUCCAUGUCCUAUCGGUUGCCAUGGGCCUCCGGUUCCCGCUGCAUCCUUUUCUCCUCGAAUACCUGAGGUACGUGGGUUUAGCCCCCUGCCAGCUAACCCCAAACAGCCAUUCCUACAUAACUGGCUUCCUGCAGCUGUGUCGAUCCCGAGGGGUAACCGCGACCCUCGAUCUUUUCUUUCAAAGUUUCAACUUGUGCCGGGGGGGCAUACCAAUUCUGAGGGGUUCGCAAACCUGCAGCAGCUCGCCCCCUGGAGGCUUUUCGACGAUGUGCCCUCGUCUCACAAGGGAUGGAAAGACCGAUUCUGCUAUAUCAAGAUGGCGGAAAAUCCGUUCCCGAGGGAACUGCGCAACCACUUCCGGCGGCACCCGAAGGUGGGAAGCGCCGCGCUUCAGAGGGAGGGGAAGAAGAUUGCUGCUUUGCUGCCGGGGGCCACAAAGCAUGUGACAGUCAAGGACUCCACUCUCCCGGAAGACUUGCUGGCCCUAGGCUUCCGUCGGUACCGUGUUUUGGGCGAGAAGGAUGACCAAUACCCAGUCCUCGAGAGAGCCUUCGGUGGCAAUGGAGGUAUCAGCAUGGAUGUCUCCAACUUUGCCGCGUUGAAGAAGAAGCUGGCCAAGGAGCCGAAGAAGAAGAAAGAGGCGGGGGGCCAGAAACCCGUCGAUGAUUUCUUCCAGAAGGAUGGGGCAUCUCAGGUCCCGGAGGGGGAGGGACCCUCCAAAGCAGUUGAUACCGGUGCUGGUGCCGGGGGCUCCAAGGGGGAGGAGCUUAAGAGAAAGAACUCCGGGAAGGGUAUCGCCCCCCGGAGAACAAGAAGCAGAAGAAGGGGGCCUCCGGGAGGAAGGAUGCCCCCAUUGUGAUAGUUGAGGAGCAGCCCUCCUCGAAUCCUUCCGCGACCACCCCUCCUCGGUCUCCUCCAUCCCCCAUAGACGAGGGGGUCCGCCCGGCGGAGAUCAUCCAGUUCCCCGUCAAGUCGGGGACUUCAGUUAUGCACGACACCCUUCACCCCGUCGGCUUCAUGAGGGGGGUGAUGGCACCGAAGGAUAGGUCAGUGCUGGCCCGCCUCGGGGAUGACAUCCUCGAUUAUAAAGUCGCCAGCUACAGCACCAUGGCUGCCCUGGCUGCUUCCGAGCAGGCCCGAAUGGUCGAGCAGCUGAGGAUCGCCAAGUGCCAGGCGGACGAGGCUCUGAAGAAAGCCGAUGAGGAGAGGGUUUCCCUCCGGCAGAGGAUUGCUGAUGCGGAGACAGCCCUUCGUCUGGAGAAGGAGGCCAUGGAGCAGAGGCUAAAAGAUGCCGAGGCUAAAGGGAAAGCUGCUGCUGAAGAAGCCGCCGCUGUUGCUGCCAAGGCUACUGCCGAGGCCGCCGAGAUAGAAAAGACCGAGGCGGUAGCCGAUGCUGGGAAGAAAGCAAUUGAAUCUUUCCUCGCCGAGGGCUGGACGGCGGCGGACCACGAGGGGUGGGUGACCUCCGUGGUGGAGCAGAAGGUGGACUCCUGGGUGAGAGGCCCCGGUGCUGAAUGGCUUGCCCGGAAGGGUAAGGACUAUUAUGAUGGUGGCGAGUUUUUCACCCAAAACCUCGUCUACCGGAGGUUAGCCAGGCACCUCAAGAUAGAGCCGAAGAAAUUUGGCCCAUCGGCAUAUGGCCUCCCCCCGCUGCAGCCAGACGUAAGAGUUCCCCUCCCCAAGGGAGAAGAGAGGCCGGACCUAGAGGAUUCCGAGCUGAUGGGCGAAGGCAGUGGCGAAGAAGUCGAGGAUGAUGCUGCUUCCAAGCCGAAGGGUGAUGCGGGUCAAGAAGCCUGAACUUGAAGUUUUCUACAUUCCGAUUUUUGUAAUAGUCCGUAGGUUCCGGCUUCGGCCAUGUACACAGAAACUUGUUUUGUACUUUGAUACUUCCUGAUGAAUGAAUGUGAUGUGCCUUCGGGCUUCUGUGGUAUGUUCCUUUGAUUUUAAUGAAUGUAUGCCCUCGUUUCUUUCUGAUUGUUUAUGAAUGCUUUUCUUCACUUGGAUGAAUGUGUUUUUCCUUCUUUUGUCUGGCUUCCGGCCGCAAUUUUGUGGACUUAGAAAAUCUUUCUAAGCGUAACUCCUUGCUAUCCUCCGGCCAUAGUGCAGUAUCACCGGGGGGUCGUUGUUGUGGACUUAGAAGGUUUUUCCAAGUAAAUCUUGAUUAGAACCCUUCUGAUGUACUGUAGAAUCGCCGGAGGCUCGUGAUUGUGGACUUAGAAAAAUUUCCUAAGUAAAAUUCCAUUGCAUGUCCUCGGUGAUGAACCAUUGGAAUUGCCCCCGGGUUGUAGCAACAGGACCGAGGGAUAAAAUGACUUAGGCUUAGCAAUUUUAUCAGGUGAAAUUGCAUCUUAUGCCCCCGGAAAUGCUGAGCCUUCGAUUAGUAGUGCACCGCGAGGUCAUUGCCAAGUAGUUUAGGGGGCCAUCGGCCGUUAGGGCAUCCCGGUUUUCUCCUGAAGGGUUCCACAAUUGUGGACUUAGCCAAAUUUCCACAAAGCUUCAAUAGGUGCUGCAGUGAACCUCCGAGCGUGAGGAUUGUCUGAGCCCCCGUUGUGUACAGUCUAGCCGAGGGGACCCAAGCUCGUUGGCUUGGUGAAAUCCAGAGUGUAAAUAUUGUGAGCAUCCUUCGGCUUGAUGAGUGUCCUCCAACGGGUGCUAAUAUGUAGACUUAGAAAUUUUCUCAUUGUUAAAUGAGUCGGGUGACAUUCUGCCUUUGGCAUGAAGCCUCUGGUUUGUGUAGAUAUAGUUUUAGCUUGCCC